UCUCUUUUGGAAUGGAGCAGCAGGCCAUGUGAAGCCCUCUGACCUUCCCACACCUUCCCCCUCCCUCCGCCUCGCUCCACCGUCCACCGCCGCGUACGCUCGCGGCCGCGCGGGGAACGAGAUCCGCGAUGUCGUCGCGGCCGUCGUCCUCCUCCUCGUCGCGCCGCAGCAGCUCGCCCUUCUCGGCCGGGAGCCGCCGCCCGCCGACCUCCUCCUCCUCCUCCAGCUCCUACGCGGCCGCGGGGCGCCUCAUCCCGCGCUCCUCCCCCUCCUCCGUCUCCUCCCACUCCUUCUACAACGCCGGCGGCGGGAGCGGGGCCCCAUCCAGGUCCACCACCCCCGGCCGCCGGGCCGCGCCCGCCCCGGCCCCGCCCCCCGCGCCCGUGCCGUUCCCCAGCGCCGACGAGCUCGUCAUCGAGGACACCUCCCGCUCCGGCGACAGCAUCUCCGUCACCAUCCGCUUCCGCCCGCUCAGCGACCGGGAGAUCCAGCGCGGGGACGAGAUCACCUGGUACCCCGAUGGGGACCGCCUCGUGCGGUGCGACUUCGUACAGCCCUCGGCCUAUGGUUAUGAUAGAGUUUUUGGGCCUUCAACAGCUACAGAGGCUGUCUAUGAUGUUGCUGCCCGGCCUGUUGUGAAAGGUGCUAUGGAGGGCAUAAAUGGGACAGUUUUUGCCUACGGUGUCACAAGCAGUGGGAAAACCCACACAAUGCAUGGUGACCAGAAUUGUCCUGGAAUAAUCCCAUUAGCCAUCAAGGAUGUCUUCAGCUUAAUACAAGAGACUCCUGGAAGAGAAUUUUUGCUCCGCGUGUCAUAUCUGGAAAUCUAUAAUGAGGUGAUAAAUGAUCUGCUUGAUCCUACUGGACAAAAUCUACGUGUGAGGGAGGAUGCACAGGGAACAUAUGUAGAAGGGAUAAAAGAAGAAGUUGUCCUAUCUCCAGGACAUGCUCUUUCUUUUAUAGCUGCGGGUGAAGAGCAUCGGCAUGUUGGUUCAAACAACUUCAACUUAUUUAGCAGCCGAAGUCAUACUAUUUUUACUAUGAUGAUCGAAAGCAGUGAUCGCAAUGAUGAGUACGAUGGAGCAAUGUACUCACAACUUAAUUUGAUCGAUCUAGCUGGCUCAGAGAGCUCUAAGACAGAGACUACUGGGUUAAGAAGAAGGGAAGGAUCCUUCAUUAACAAGAGUCUUUUAACUCUGGGAACAGUUAUUGGGAAGCUCAGUGAAGGGAGAGCAACACAUAUACCAUAUCGAGAUUCUAAGCUGACUCGUCUGCUGCAGUCAUCACUGAGUGGCCAUGGUCAUGUCUCACUAAUUUGCACAAUUACCCCAGCAUCAAGUAACAUGGAAGAAACCCAUAAUACAUUGAAAUUUGCAAGCAGAGCAAAACGUGUUGAAAUUUAUGCCUCUCGUAACCGGUUAGUUGAUGAGAAGUCUUUGAUCAAGAAGUAUCAGAGAGAAAUAUCAUCUUUAAAGCAAGAGCUUGAUGAGUUUAGGAGAGGAAUGAUUGGGGGUGCUAGUCAGGAAGAAAUCAUGAUAUUACGGCAACAGUUGGAGGCAGGCCAGGUAAAAAUGCAAUCUCGCCUUGAGGAGGAAGAGGAUGCAAAAGCUGCUCUUAUGAGCAGAAUACAACGAUUGACUAAGUUAAUACUUGUUUCCACAAAGAGCAGUAUUCCUUCUUUGACAGAUUCAUCUCGUCUCCAGCGCCAAAAUUCUGUUAGUGAGGAAGAUAAGUUAAGCACUUCACAAGAUAAUUCUACGCUAGUCCAAAAUGACGGUACAUCGAAGGACUCUCUGUCAGUUGCUUUGCCAGAUCCAUUGGAUGAGAUCAAUGAAUUAAGGUCUGCUAGCGGAGAUCAUUCUUCAGUAACUGGCUCGGGACCAGAUUCAGCGCAGGAGGGAAUCACAGAGUCAGAUCAUUUGGAUCUACUGAUUGAACAAGUUAAGAUGCUUGCUGGGGAGAUCGCGUUUGGUACCAGUUCGCUGAAAAGACUAAUCGAACAAUCUAUAGAAGACCCUGAAGGGACAAAGAAUCAAAUAGAAAAUUUAGAGCAUGAAAUUCAUCAAAAAAGGAGGCAUCUGCGAGCCCUGGAACAAAAAAUCAUGGAAAGUGGUGAGGCAUCAGUUGCUAAUGCUUCUAUGGUGGAUAUGCAGCAGACUAUUACGAAGCUUACAACUCAAUGCAAUGAGAAGUCUUUUGAGUUGGAGUUAAAAUCAGCAGAUAAUCGGGUCCUUCAGGAGCAGCUAGAACAGAAGACUAUAGAAAUGAAUGAUUUACAAGAAAAAGUUCUACGUCUUGAGGCACAGCUCAUACCAAAAACCAACAUAUCCCCUGAAGAAUGCACAGAACAGGAGAUUCUUGAUUUGAAAUCUAAACUUCAGGCCAAGGAAAUUGAAAGUGAGAAGUUUAAAUAUGAGCAUCUAGAAAUCAUUGAAGAAAAUAGGGACCUAAUCACGCAGAACCACAAAUUAAGUGAGGAAGCUGCUUAUGCAAAAGAAUUGGCAUCUUCUGCAGCUGUUGAGCUUAAGAAUUUGGCUGAAGAAGUUACAAAGUUAUCCAUACAAAAUGCAAGGCAGGCAAAGGAGUUAUUAAUUGCGCAGGAGAUGGCACAUUCCAGGGUCCCUGUUAGAAAGGGCCGCCCAACAGGUAGGGGUAGGGAUGAGGUUGGAACUUGGAGUCUUGAUUUAGAGGAUAUGAAGAUGGAGCUACUGGCACGGAAAAAGCGGGAAGCUGCUCUAGAAGCAGCUUUAGCAGAGAAGGAGCUUCUUGAAGAGGAGUACAAGAAGAAGUUUGAUGAAGCAAAGAAAAAAGAGCUUUCUUUGGAAAAUGACCUGGCAGGCAUGUGGGUUCUUGUUGCUAAGUUGAAGAGAGGGGCUUUCAGCAUAUCUGAUUUAAAUGUUGAUGAUCGGUCUAUCAAUCUAGCUGACAUAACUAAUGAUGCAAAAGAAAACAAAGGUGGCACCAAUGUAGCUCUAAUUGAGAAACAAGCGUCAGAUGAUACAGUGAAGUCACUAACUGCAGAAGAAUAUAGAAGUCCAGAAUUUGAACCUCUUCUUGUUCGUCUCAAGGCUAAAAUUCAAGAGAUGAAGGAGAAGGAAACUGAUCCCUUGGGUGAUAAAGAUGGCAAUUCCCAUGUCUGCAAAGUAUGUUUUGAAUCUGCAACUGCUGCAGUUUUGCUUCCUUGUCGGCAUUUUUGCUUGUGCAAGCCUUGCGCCCUUGCAUGUUCGGAAUGCCCUCUGUGCCGCACAAGAAUUGUAGACAGGAUAAUUACCUUCACAUAGGUUACUUGUUAGCCAAGGAAACUUUUGACGCACCCAAUCUCCCUGUAAAAUCACCAGCCGUAUAUGUUUCUUUUUCUCUGUAGCAAAGAAGGUGACUUAGAUGUUCCUUCUGUGUUGUAUUGCCUUAUUUUUUUUAUUCCCCUAUAGCUUCACUUUUGUUUCCUUAUUGCAUCGAGGGGUUUGACGACUUGACAAUUGUGUAUAGAUAUGUGGCUCAACAUUGUCCUCAGAAGUAAAGAAAAUUGAUGUGGCAAUGCAUUUUUUUUAGAAGUGAA